GCAUCAGUGUUUAGAAUGUCAAUUUCCUGCUAUACUUUUAUAUACUUUUUCAGUAGUAAAAGCACAAUUACACACACAUUAACAGCUUCCUUUAUCRAUUUUGCCCACAGUAGGCGUGACAAACGAUCGGUCAUAUGAGCGUCAGUAGCGCCAUGUCACCGGGAAACCGCUCGUGAGGAUUUUGCAAAGGGAUGGAGUGGUAUGGCACCGCCGAAGUACAUUAUAAACAGCAAGGAAAACAUUCAUCUUUACUUUCUCAGCAGCGUGCAACAUCGGUCAUUGCUUAAUGGCAGAAACAUUGAACCCGUCAGUGUGUUCGUGUGUUACUGGAUUAAUAACCGAGGCCUUCAACAACCUGGAAUGGUGCUGAAUUAGGCUGUGGUUUGCCCUGAUGCGUAACGGUAGCAGCAGCGCUUCCCAGACCAUCUCCCCAGCCAGCUACUCCACCAACCCUUCAGCCCAGGCCCAAGCCCAGCCAUGACAGCCAAGUCAUCCCUGCUCAAGGUGAUCCUCCUGGGGGACGGCGGCGUGGGCAAGUCCUCCCUCAUGAACCGCUACGUCACCAACAAGUUUGACACGCAUCUCUUCCACACCAUUGGCGUGGAGUUCCUAAACAAGGAGCUGGAGGUGGACGGGCGCACCGUGACGCUCCAAAUCUGGGACACGGCGGGCCAGGAGCGCUUCCGCUCGCUCCGGACACCUUUCUACCGUGGCUCCGACUGUUGUCUCCUAACCUUUAGCAUGGAUGACAACCAGAGCUUCCACAAUCUCAACAACUGGAAGAAGGAGUUUGCCUACUACGCUGAUGUCAAGGAACCCGAGAAGUUCCCAUUCGUGAUCCUGGGUAAUAAGUUGGAUGUGCCAGAGAGGCAGGUUUCGGGCGAGGACGCCCGCCAGUGGUGCCGCGAGAACGGCGGCCACCCGUACUUUGAGACGAGCGCCAAGGACUCGACCAACGUGGCGGCGGCGUUUGAGGAGGCGGUGAGGAGGGUGCUGGCGCAGGAGGAAAGGGGGGAGCACCUCAUCCCCACGGACACAGUGGACCUGCACAGGAAGCCGCGCUCUGGCGCCUCUUGCUGCUGAGGAGAUGUAGGGUUGAUUKCCUUUAUUUGACUCUUAAAGGCCCAAUGCAGCUGGGCAAAAAUMGCUUUUUAGCAAAAAACUAUUUCUCAAGCAAGAA